AUGGCAGACAACCCGGAGCUUGAGUCGUUCCGCCGCAAGUGGCGCGAGGAAGUUGCUGGGAGAACUAAACCUAGAGCUACCCCUCCAUCUGUGGCUCCGGACCCGCAGCUGACGAGGUUUCCACCAAGGCAACAUGAGGCGUCUCACCGCAAGGACCUUGAAGAAGAAGGGCCCCCGCCGGCAUCUUUUGAUCCCGAGGAACUGGCCCAACAGGUUGGGCAGUUGACCGUGAAACCAGAGGAAGAGCUUGAGGAAGAUGGAUUUACCCGGAAAGAUCAUCAUGAGCCCCGCUCUGCCUUGGAGCAUUUCGAGCGUGCAGUCGAGAAGGAAGACGCAGGCAACCUGGGUGAUAGCCUGCAUCAUUACCGCAGGGCCUACCGGCUAGACGCAAGUGUGGACAAAUCUUACCGGAAUAAGCACUACGCCCACGUGUGGAAAAAGCCUGCGCAGCCUGCACCCGGGACAGAAGCUGUUCGGGCAGAUGCUGUCCCUACAACGACUACAGCCCCUGUUGAAGUACAAAGUGUUCCUACGGCCGAAUUGAUUGCAUCUUUUGCCCACCUACCCAUUCCCCAGGCAGAAUCGCCUGUUGAAAACACUCCUCCGCCACCAUGCCCUAUCGCCAAGAUGCCUUCCGAAGUGAUAGGACAGAUUUUGCGAUAUGUUGCGUUGCGGGACCCGGCCACAUUUGGCCGAGUGGCUUUGGUUUGCAAGCGGAUGGCAUAUCACUUUGCCCAUGAACAACCAAUCUGGAAAGCAGUUUGCCAGAAUCCUGAGUUUGGGUUUGCAGGGAUGCAUUACACAUUUGCCUGCGAUAUUUAUGGAAAUCCAAUCUACGCUCUUGAUGGCAUACGGUACACACCAUUUCCAGAAGGAGGCCCCUUGGAAAUCCCAAAGCCUCUUUCUUCAUGGAGUCAAGUGUUCCAGUCUUAUCCACGCAUUCGGUUCUCUGGUAUUUACAUCAGUACUGUUAACUAUACCCGGCCUGGUGCGCAAUCAAGCCACCAGACAGUGUCUUGGAACAGUCCCAUUCAUAUUGUGACCUAUUACCGUUACCUUCGGUUCUAUCCGGACGGAUCUGUCGUUUCUCUGCUGUCAACCACAGAACCGGUUGACGUGGUGCCCCACAUCAAUAAGGAGAAUAUGAUGGCCGCCCGAGCUAUCUCGCAUAAGCAGCACCAGCGGCAGCUUGCAGAUCAAGGUCAGUCAUUAUCUGGUGCAACUGAUCCUGUGCCUGCAGUUGCGAUGAAUGCGCUGAGACACGCUCACCGCGGCCGCUGGUGCCUGGCUUCCCCUGUUUCUCGCCCAGAGACAAUUGAAGGGGAGAAUAUGCAGGCAGGUCCAAACGGGCCUGACGAGUCCUCGGAUCCGCGAGAUAUCGCUGUGGAGACUGAGGGCGUCGACCCGAAAUAUGUCUUUACAAUGCACUUGAGCUUGCGGUCCCCAUCUGCAUCUAAAUCCCACGUGAACCCGUCAAAGAACACAAAGCUGGUCUGGCGCGGCUUUUGGAGUCACAAUAAGCUCACUGAUGACUGGGCAGAGUUUGGUCUGCGCAAUGAUCGAGCAUUUGUUUUCCGACGCGUGAGAGGCUGGGGCGUCUAUUGA